UGCAGGCGAGCAGCGGAAAGUUGGGAGCUCAGUAGCUGGCCCCGCUGUGAGCAGCGGCUGGAGCGCAGAGCAGCGGGCGGCGCAGGCUCACAGCUGCCCCCUGGGGCACGGACCCCGCGCGCCCUGCCACUCCCCGCGCCCCGCACGCGGCCGCCUAGAGCCCGAGACCCAGCUGCAUCUGGACAAAAGGCGCCGCAUCCCUGCGCUGCCCAGCCCAACCCCGGGAGGGAGCCCGGCUCCAGGCUGGUCCCUACUCACUCUGAGCUCCAAACUUUUACUAUUCCAGAGACUGCUGGAGGCUCAUGAGGCACCCGGUGUGGGUGUGGACAUCCUCUGCCUGUUGAGGAGGAGCAAGCACAGGAGAAAAAGAAAAGCAGCAAGCAAGAAAGAAAGACAGAAAAAUGAUUUCCUGGGAAGUGAUCCACUCCGUAUUACUGUGGGCUCUUCUGCACUCUGCCCUAGCUGGAGAUGGGAGCCCCCAGUCCGAGAGCAGGGCUGAGGCGAUUCCUGAGGGGGCGUCCACGUUAGCUUUUGUGUUUGAUGUGACUGGUUCCAUGUAUGAUGAUUUAGUUCAGGUUAUUGAAGGAGCUUCCAAAAUUUUGGAGACGUCUUUGAAAAGACCCAAGAGACCUCUUCACAACUUUGCUUUGGUGCCCUUCCAUGAUCCAGAAAUUGGUCCAGUGACAAUUACCACAGAUCCCAAGAAAUUUCAGUAUGAACUCAGAGAACUAUAUGUUCAGGGUGGUGGUGAUUGUCCAGAGAUGAGUAUUGGAGCUAUAAAAAUUGCCUUGGAAAUUUCCCUGCCUGGUUCUUUCAUCUAUGUUUUCACUGAUGCACGGUCCAAGGACUACCGGCUGACCCAUGAGGUGCUACAGCUUAUUCAACAGAAACAGUCCCAGGUGGUAUUUGUGCUCACUGGAGACUGUGAUGACAGAAACCAUAUUGGAUACAAAGUCUAUGAAGAAAUUGCCUCGACAAGUUCUGGUCAAGUGUUUCAUCUGGACAAAAAGCAAGUUAAUGAGGUGUUAAAGUGGGUGGAAGAAGCAGUCCAGGCCUCCAAGGUUCACCUCUUAUCUACAGAUCACUUGGAGCAGGCUGUGAACACUUGGAAAAUUCCUUUUGAUCCCAGCCUCAAAGAAGUUACUGUGUCCCUGAGCGGCCCUUCUCCUGUGAUUGAAAUUCGAAAUCCUUUUGGGAAGCUGAUAAAAAAGGGAUUUGGCUUGAAUGAGCUGUUAAAUAUCCACAACUCUGCCAAAGUGGUGAACGUAAAAGAACCAGAACCUGGAAUGUGGACAGUGAAGACCUCCAGCAGUGGAAGGCACUCUGUUCGUAUCACCGGCCUCAGCACUAUUGAUUUCCGAGCUGGCUUUUCCCGAAAGCCCACGCUGGACUUCAAAAAUACCCUCAGCAGACCUGUGCAAGGAAUACCUACCUAUGUGCUGCUGAAUACUUCAGGAAUUUCCAGUCCAGCCAGAGUAGAUCUUCUUGAACUUUUGAGUAUCUCAGGAGAUUCUCUUAAGAAGAUUCCUGUUAAAUAUUACCCAGAUCGAAAACCUUAUGGCAUAUGGAAUAUUUCUGACUUUAUACCACCAAAUGAAGCUUUCUUUCUCAAAGUGACAGGCUAUGAUAAAGAUGAUUAUCUCUUCCAGAGAGUGUCAAGUGUUUCAUUUUCUAGUAUUGUGCCAGAUGCUCCCAAAGUUACAAUGUCCAAGAGAACGCCAGGAUACUACCUGCGGCCAGGCCAAAUCCUCUGCUCUGUUGAGAGUCUUUUGCCCUUUACCUUGAGCUUUGUGAGGAAUGGAGUUGCACUGGGAGUAGAUCAGUAUUUAAAAGAAUCUGCCAGUGUGAACUUGGAUAUUGAAAAGGUGGCUUUGUCUGAUGAAGGCUCUUAUGAAUGCAUUGCUGUCAGCAGCGCGGGGACUGGACGGGCACAGACAUUUUUUGAUGUAUCAGAGCCUCCUCCCAUCAUCCAAGUGCUUAAUAACAUUACAGUCACUCCUGGAGAAACAGCAGUUUUGACGUGUCUUGUCAUCAGUGCUGUGCAUUACAAUCUAACCUGGCAGAGGAAUGGCAGAGAUAUCAGACUGGCAGAUCCAGCAAGAAUUAGGACUCUGGCCGAUCUCUCACUGGAGCUGAGGAGCGUGAAAGUCAGCGAUGCAGGGGAGUACAGUUGUUUGGUGUCCAGUGAAGGUGGAUCAACAGAAGCUUCAGUCUUCCUCAUAGUGCAAGAAAAGCCCAAAGUCACCGUGAUGCCCAAGAAUCAGUCUUUCACAGGAGGAUCUGAGGUCUCCAUCAUGUGUUCUGCAACAGGUUAUCCCAAACCAAAGAUUGCUUGGACCAUUAAUGAGAUGUUUAUCAUGGGUUCACACAGGUAUAGGGUGACCCCAGAAGGUACAUUAUUUAUCAAAAAUGCAGUUCCUAAAGAUGCAGGGAUCUAUGGUUGCCUGGCAAGCAAUUCAGCUGGAACAGAUAAAGAGACUUCUAUCCUCAGAUACAUUGAAGCUCCAAAGUUGGUUGUUGUUCAGAGUGAACUCUUGAUUGCCCUUGGGGAUACAUCAGUCAUGGAGUGUAAAACCUCUGGGGUUCCUCUACCUCAAGUUAAGUGGUUCAAAGGAGAUCUUGAGUUGAGGCCCUCAACAUUCCUUACUAUUGACCCUCUCUUGGGACUUUUGAAGAUUCAAGAAACACAAGAUCUGGAUGCUGGAGAUUAUACCUGUGUAGCCAUUAACGAUGCAGGAAGAGCAACUGGCAGGAUAACGCUGGAUGUCGGCUCACCUCCGGUUUUCAUACAAGAACCUGCUGAUGUAUCUGUGGAAAUUGGCUCAAAUAUUACAUUGCCUUGUCAUGUUCAGGGCUAUCCAGAACCAAAGAUCAAAUGGCGAAGAUUGGACAACAUGCCAAUUUUCUCAAGACCCUUUUCAGUUAGUUCGAUCCGCCAGCUGCAAACAGGAGCUCUCUUUGUUUCAAACCUAUGGGCAAGUGAUAAAGGAACAUACCUUUGUGAAGCUGAGAACCAGUUUGGAAAGAUCCAGGCACAGACGACAAUAACAGUGACAGGACUUGUUGCCCCACUCAUUGGAAUCACUCCUUCUGCGGCCAGUGUUAUUGAAGGACAGCAGCUUACUUUGCCUUGUACUCUACUGGCUGGAAAUCCCAUUCCUGAACGUCGGUGGAUGAAGAACUCAGCUACGUUGGUACAAAAUCCUUAUGUAACUGUGCGCAGUGACGGGAGCCUCCAUAUUGAAAGAGUUCGGCUUCAGGAUGGAGGGGAAUAUACUUGUGUGGCCAGUAAUGUUGCUGGAACCAGUAACAAAACAACCUCUGUGGUUGUGCAUGUUCUGCCAACCAUUCAGCAUGGGCAGCAGGUGCUCAGCACGAUUGAAGGCAUUCCAAUAACUUUACCAUGCAAAGCAAGUGGGAUUCCCAAGCCGUCUAUCAUCUGGUCCAAGAAAGGAGAGCUCAUUUCAACAGGCAGUGCCAAGUUUUUGGCAGGAGCUGACGGAAGUCUGUAUGUCGUGUCACCAGGAGGUGAAGAGAGCGGGGAAUAUGUUUGCACAGCCACCAAUGCGGCUGGCUAUGCCAAGAGGAAAGUGCAGCUGACUGUCUAUGUAAGGCCCAGAGUGGUUGGAGACCAAAGAGGACUGUCCCAGGACCAACCAGUGGAGAUCUCUGUUUUGGCUGGGGAGCAGGCAACACUGCCCUGUGAAGUGAGGAGCUCACCUCCACCCAUCAUUACUUGGGCCAAAGAAACCCAACUCAUCUCUCCCUUCUCUCCAAGACACACGUUCCUCCCUUCUGGCUCAAUGAAGAUCACUGAGACUCGCAUCUCAGAUAGCGGGAUGUAUUUUUGUGUUGCCACUAAUAUUGCUGGAAACGUGACUCAGUCUGUCAAACUAAGUGUCCACGUUCCUCCAAAACUACAACGUGGCCCUAAACAUAUGAAAGUCCAAGUCAGUCAAAGAGUGGACAUCCCAUGCAAUGCCCAUGGGUCUCCACCUCCUGUGAUCACCUGGUAUAAAAAUGGAAGAACUGUCCUGGUGGAUGGAGUGCAGCAGUCUAGCAGUCCAGAUGGAAUACUGAGCAUCGAGCAGGCAAUGCUGUCAGACGCAGGCACAUACACAUGUGUUGCCACUAACAUAGCAGGCAGCGAUGAAACAGAGAUCACACUACAUGUCCAAGAACCACCUACAGUAGAAGACCUGGAACCUCCUUUUAACACUCCAUUCCAAGAAAGACUGGCCAACCAACGCAUCACAUUUCCAUGCCCUGCAAAAGGUACUCCUAAACCAACCAUCAAAUGGCUACACAAUGGCAAAGAGGUGACAGGGAAAGAGCCUGGUGUUUCCAUCUUGGAAGAUGGCAGACUGUUGGCAAUUAAUUCUGUCACACCAAACAACAAUGGUGAUUAUAUCUGUGUGGCCAUCAAUGAAGCUGGAACCACAGAAAGGAAAUAUAACCUCAAAGUGCACGUUCCUCCUGUAAUUAAAGAUAAAGAACAUGUGACAAAUGUAUCCGUGUUGACAAACCAGCUGGCCAGUCUCUAUUGUGAAGCAGAAGGAACUCCAUCACCCAUCAUUAUGUGGUAUAAAGAUGACACCCAGGUGACUGAAAGCAGCACUGUUCAGUUUGUCAACAAUGGGAAAAUACUAAAGCUCUUCAAAGCCUCUGCAGAGGAUGCGGGAAGAUAUUCCUGCAAAGCCAUCAAUAUUGCAGGCACUUCUCAGAAGUACUUUAAUAUUGAUGUGCUAGUCCCACCUACCAUAAUAGGUGCCAGUUCCCCAAAUGAAGCCUCAGUUGUUCUCAACCACAACACCACCCUGCAGUGCCAAGUCAAAGGCAUGCCCUUCCCUGUCAUUCACUGGUUCAAGGAUGGCAAGCCCUUAUUUUUGGGAGAUCCUAAUAUUGAACUCUUAGACAGAGGGCAGAUUUUACAUCUGAGGAAUGCGCGAAGAAGUGACAAGGGGCGCUACCAGUGCUCUGUGUCUAACGCAGCGGGCAAGCAAGCCAAGGACCUAAAACUGACUGUCCACGUUCCACCUAGUAUUAAAGGAGGAAAUGUUACCACAGAAAUAUCAGCAUUGAUCAACAGCAUAAUUAAAUUGGAAUGUGAAACACGGGGACUUCCAGUGCCUACUAUUACUUGGUAUAAGGAUGGCCAGUUAGUCAUAUCCAACUCACAAGCUCUUUAUAUUGAUAAAGGACAGUUUCUUCAUAUUCCUCGAGCACAGGUCUCUGAUUCGGCAACAUACACAUGUCGUGUAUCCAAUGUUGCUGGAACCGCUGAAAAAUCAUUUCACGUUGACAUCUAUGUUCCUCCAAUAAUUGAAGGUGACUUGACCACUCCUUCAAAUAAGCAAGUUGUCAUUGCUCAUUCAUUGACCCUGGAGUGUAAAGCUGCUGGCAACCCUCCUCCAGUUCUUACUUGGUUAAAAGAUGGUGUACCUGUGAAAGCCAGUGACAACAUCCACAUAGAAGCUGGUGGGAAGAAACUCGAAAUCUCAAGUGCCCUAGAAAGUGAUCGGGGACAGUACAUAUGUGUGGCUACCAGUGUGGCAGGAGAAAAAGAGAUCAAAUAUGAAGUUGAUGUCUUAGUGCCACCAGUGGUAGAAGGAGGAGAAGAAAUAUCCUACUUGUUUGUGAUGGUGAAUAACUUACUGGAGCUAGAAUGUCAAGCCACAGGUUCUCCCCCACCAACUAUCAUGUGGCUCAAAGUUGGUCAACUAAUUGAUGAAAGGGAUGGAUUCAAGAUCUUACUAAAUGGACGCAAGCUGGUUAUUGCUCAGGCUCAAGUGUCAGACACAGGCCUUUACCAGUGUGUGGCAACCAACACUGCUGGAGAUGACAGGAAGGAAUUUGAAGUGACUGUUCAUGUUCCUCCAACAAUCAAGUCCUUAGACCAUUCUGAGAAAGCUGUGGUGAAAUAUAAGCCAGUCACCUUGCAGUGCAUAGCCAAUGGAAUUCCAAACCCAUCCCUUACGUGGUUGAAAGAUGACCAACCUGUGAACACUGCCCAAGGAAACCUCAGAAUACAGUCUUCUGGUCGAGUUCUACAAAUUGCCAAGGCUCUGUUGGAAGAUGCUGGCAGAUAUACAUGUGUGGCUACCAAUGCAGCUGGAGAAGCACAGCAGCACACUCAAUUGCAAGUGCAUGAACCUCCCAGCCUGGACGAUGCAGGAAAGGUGCUGAAUGAGACGGUGGUGGUAAGCAGCCCUGUGCAGCUGGAAUGCAAGGCAGCUGGCAACCCUGUGCCUGCUAUUACAUGGUACAAAGAUAACCAUCCACUCUCAGGUUCCACGGGUGUAAACUUCCUGAACAGAGGACAGAUCAUUGAUAUUGAAAGUGCCCAGAUUUCUGAUGCUGGCAUAUAUAAAUGUGUGGCCAUCAACUCUGCUGGAGCUACAGAACUAUUUUACAACCUACAAGUUCAUGUGCCUCCUUCAAUUUUGGGCAGUAGUUCCAUGGUGGCAGUGGUGGUGAAUAACCUGGUGAGGUUAGAGUGUGAGGCCAGGGGCAUCCCUGUCCCAAGUCUGACCUGGCUGAAAGAUGGGAGCCCUGUUUCUAGCUUCGCUAAUGGAAUACAGGUUCUCUCUGGAGGCCGCAUCUUAGCACUGACCAGCGCACAGAUAAGUGACUCAGGGAGGUACACCUGCGUGGCAGUGAAUGCUGCUGGGGAGAAACAGAGGGACAUCGACCUCAGAGUAUACGUUCCACCAAAUAUUAUGGGAGAAGAACAGAAUGUCUCUAUCCUCAUUAGUCAAGCUGUGGAGUUGCUAUGCCAAAGUGAUGCAGUUCCCCCACCUACUCUGACAUGGUUAAAGGAUGGCCGCCCUUUGCUGAAGAAACCAGGCCUCAGUAUCUCUGAAAAUGGAAGUGUGUUGAAGAUUGAAGAUGCUCAUGUUCAAGACACUGGUCGUUACACUUGUGAAGCAACAAAUGUUGCUGGAAAAACUGAGAAAAACUACAAUGUUAAUAUUUGGGUACCACCAAGUAUUUAUGGUUCUGAUGAGCUUGUUCAACUUACAGUCAUCGAAGGGAACCUCAUCACUCUGUUGUGUGAAUCAAGUGGUAUUCCUCCCCCAAAUCUCAUCUGGAAGAAGAAGGGCUCUCCAGUGCUGGCUGACUCUGCGGGACGAGUUAGAAUUUUAUCUGGAGGCAGACGGCUACAGAUUUCAGUUGCUGAGAAAGUAGAUACAGGACUCUACACAUGUGUGGCAUCCAGUGAGGCUGGAACUGCAAAGAAAGACUAUAAUCUGCAAGUGUACAUUCGACCAUCUCUAGCCAACAGUGGCAGCUACCAUCCUGAAAUAACUGUCCUUCGUGGGAAGAGCAUUUCCUUAGACUGUGAAGUGCAGGGUAUUCCUCAGCCAAUAGUCACCUGGAUGAAAGAUGGCCAUCCCUUGACCAAAGGAAAGGGAGUGGAAAUACUGAAUGAAGGGCGCAUCCUUCAGCUGAAGAACAUUCAUGUAUCUGACACGGGCCGUUACAUGUGUGUUGCUGUGAAUGUAGCAGGAAUGACUGACAGAAAAUAUGACUUAAGUGUACAUACACCUCCAAGCAUCAUAGGGAACCAUCGAGCUCCUGAAAAUGUCAGCGUGGUGGAAAAGAGCUCAGUAUCCCUGACUUGCGAAGCCUCUGGAAUCCCCCUGCCUUCCAUAACCUGGCUGAAAGAUGGGUGGCCUGUCAGCCUCAGCAGUUCUGUGAGGAUUCUCUCAGGAGGCAGGAUGCUGCGGUUGAUGCAAACCAAAAUAGAAGAUGCUGGCCAGUACACUUGUGUUGUAAGGAAUGCAGCUGGUGAAGAAAGAAAAAAUUUUGGUCUUUCAGUAUUAGUGCCCCCUCAUAUUGUGGGUGAAAAUACACUGGAAGAUGUGAAGAUUAAAGAAAAACAGAGUGUGACAUUGACUUGUGAAGUGACAGGGAAUCCAGUGCCACAGAUCACGUGGCACAAAGAUGGACAGCUCUUCCAAGAAGAUGAAGCCCACCACAUGAUGUCCGGAGGCCGAUUUCUCCAGAUCACCAGUGCUCAGGUGUCAGACACAGGAAGAUACACAUGUUUGGCCUCUAAUACAGCUGGUGACAAGAGCAAAAGUUUCAGUCUCAAUGUGUUUGUAUCUCCUACAAUUGCUGGGGUAGACAGUGACGGCAGCCCUGAGGAUGUCAUUGUCAUCCUUAACAGCCCCACAUCUUUGGUCUGUGAAGCUUACUCCUAUCCCCCAGCUACCAUCACCUGGUUUAAGGAUGGAGCCCCUUUGGAAUCCAACCGGAAUAUUCGUAUUCUACCAGGAGGCCGAACUCUGCAGAUCCUGAAUGCACAGGAGGAUGAUGCGGGAAGGUACUCAUGUGUAGCUACUAAUGAGGCUGGGGAGAUGAUAAAGCACUAUGAAGUGAAAGUCUACAUUCCACCCAUAAUCAAGAAAGGGGACCUUUUGGGGCCAGGUCUUUCCCCUAAAGAAGUGAAGAUCAAAGUAAACAACACCCUGACAUUGGAAUGUGAAGCCUAUGCGAUUCCUUCUGCCUCCCUCAGCUGGUACAAGGAUGGACAGCCCCUUAAAUCAGAUGAUCAUGUCAACAUCGCUGCAAAUGGACACACUCUUCAAAUAAAGGAAGCUCAAAUAUCAGACACUGGACGAUACACUUGUGUCGCAUCUAACCUUGCAGGUGAAGACGAGUUGGAUUUUGAUGUGAAUAUCCAAGUUCCUCCAAGUUUUCAGAAACUCUGGGAAAUAGGAAACAUGCUAGACACUGGCAAGAGAGGGGAAGCCAAGGAUGUGAUCAUCAACAAUCCCAUUUCUCUUCACUGUGAGACAAACGCUGCUCCUCCGCCUACUCUGACGUGGUACAAAGACAGCCAUCCUCUGACAUCCAGUGAUAGAGUGCUGAUUUUGCCAGGAGGGCGAGUCUUGCAGAUUCCCAGGGCCAAAGUAGAAGAUGCUGGCAGGUAUACAUGUGUGGCUGUAAACGAGGCUGGAGAAGAUUCCCUUCAGUAUGACGUCCGUGUACUGUUGCCACCAGUCAUCAAGGGAGCACACGGUGAUCUCCCAGAAGAGGUCACCGUGCUGGUGAACAAGAGCACACAGGUGGAAUGUUCAUCCAGCGGCAACCCUGCACCCAGAAAUUCCUGGCAGAAAGAUGGACAGCCUUUGCCAGAAGACGAGCAUCACAAGUUCCUAUCUAAUGGCAGAAUUUUGCAGAUUCUAAAUGCUCAAAUAACAGACAUCGGGAGGUAUGUAUGCAUCGCGGAGAACACAGCAGGGAGUGCCAAAAAGUACUUUAACCUCAAUGUUCACGUUCCUCCAAGUGUCAUCGGUCCUAACCCUGAAAACCUUACUGUGGUGGUGAAUCACUUCAUCUCUUUGACCUGUGAGGUCUCUGGCUUUCCCCCUCCUGACCUCAGCUGGCUCAAGAAUGAGCAGCCCAUCAAACUGAACACCAAUGCUCUCAUCGUGCCUGGUGGUCGAACUCUACAGAUUAUUCGGGCCAAGGUAUCUGAUGGCGGUGAAUACACCUGUAUAGCUAUGAACCAAGCCGGUGAAAGCAAGAAAAAGGUUUCCCUGACUGUUUAUGUGCCACCAAGCAUUAAGGAUCAGGGUAGCGAAUCUCUUUCUGUAGUUAAUGUAAGAGAGGGAUCUUCAGUGUCCUUGGAAUGUGAGUCGAAUGCUGUCCCGCCUCCAGUCAUCACGUGGUACAAAAAUGGGCGGAUGAUAAUGGCGUCUACUCAUGUGGAGAUUUUAACUGGUGGACAAAUGCUGCACAUCAAGAAAGCCGAGGUAUCUGACACAGGCCAGUAUGUAUGUAGAGCUAUAAAUGUAGCAGGACGAGAUGAUAAAAAUUUCCACCUCAACGUAUAUGUACCUCCCAGUAUUGAAGGGCCUGAAAGAGAAGUGGUUAUGGAGACAAUCAGCAAUCCAGUAACCUUGACGUGUGACGCCACGGGGAUCCCUCCUCCCACUGUAGCAUGGUUAAAGAACCACAAGCCCAUAGAAAAUUCUGACUCACUUGAAGUUCACAUUUUGUCUGGGGGAAGCAAACUACAAAUUGCUCGUCCUCAGCAUUCAGAUAGUGGAAACUAUACCUGUGUUGCAUCAAAUCUGGAGGGAAAUGCCCAGAAAAACUAUCUGCUUCUGAUUCAGGUUCCCCCAAGUGUUGCUGGUGCUGAAGUUCCAAGUGAAGUCAGUGUCCUUCUAGGGGAAAAUGUUGAGCUGGUCUGCAAUGCAGAUGGCAUUCCUACCCCACAUAUUCAGUGGCUUAGAGAUGGAAAGCCUGUAAUUAAUGGUGAAACAGAAAGAGUUAGGGUGACUAAACACGGCAGCACAUUAAAUAUUUAUGGAGCUCUCACUUCUGAUGUGGGGAAGUACACGUGUGUCGCAACUAAUCCUGCUGGAGAAGAGGACCGAAUAUUUAACUUGAAUGUGUUUGUUCCACCUAAAAUUAGAGGGAAUAAAGAAGAAGCAGAGAAACUGAUGGCUCUGGUAGACAUGUCAGUAAAUAUUGAGUGCAAAGCCACGGGAACACCUCCGCCACAGAUCAGCUGGCUCAAGAACGGCCUUCCCCUGCCCCUCUCCUCCCACGUUCGCUUGCUGUCAGGAGGGCAGGCUGUCAGGAUCGUGAGAGCUCAGGUGGCUGAUGUUGCUGUGUAUACGUGUGUGGCCUCUAACAGAGCUGGGGUGGAUAGCAAGCACUACAGCCUUCAAGUGUCUGUGCCACCAAAUAUGGACAAUGCAAUGGGAACAGAGGAAAUCACCAUUGUCAGAGGCAGUUCGACUUCUAUGGCGUGCUUUACAGAUGGAACCCCAACUCCUAGUAUGUCCUGGCUCAGGGAUGGCCAGCCUCUGGGGUUUGAUGCCCAUCUGACCAUCAACACUCAAGGAAUGGUCCUUCAGCUUAUCAAAGCAAAGACUGAAGAUUCCGGAAGGUACACAUGCGUUGCCUCAAAUGAUGCUGGAGAAGUCAGCAAGCACUUUGUCCUGAAAGUCCUAGAACCACCUCACAUCAACGGGUCUGAAGAACCUGGGGAGAUUUCAGUAAUUGUUAAUAACCCACUUGAACUUUCCUGCAUUGCUUCUGGAAUCCCUGCCCCUAAAAUUUCCUGGAUGAAAGAUGGCCGGCCUUUUCUCCAGACAGAUCAAGUGCAGACCUUAGAAGGAGAAGCAGUUCUUCGAAUUUCUAGUGCUCAGGUGGAGGAUACAGGAAGAUAUACCUGUCUGGCAUCCAGUCCUGCAGGGGAUGAUGAUAAAGAAUAUUUAGUGAGAGUGCAUGUCCCCCCUAAUAUCGCUGGAACUGGUGAACCCCAGGACUUGACUGUGUUAAGGAACAGACAGGUGACACUAGAAUGCAAAUCAGAUGCAGUACCUCCUCCUGUGAUCAUGUGGCUCAAAGAUGGGGAGCGGUUACAGGCAACACCUCGAGUAAGAAUCCUGUCUGGAGGGAGAUACUUGCAAGUUAACAAUGCAGACCUAGGAGAUACAGCCAAUUAUACCUGCGUUGCCAGCAAUGUUGCAGGAAAGACCACCAGAGAAUUUAUUCUUAAUGUACAUGUUCCUCCAAACAUCAAGGGUGGCCUUCAGAGUCUUGUCACCCUCUUAAAUAAGUCAGUCGUACUGGAAUGUUUUGCUGAAGGUGUGCCAACCCCAAGGAUAACAUGGAGAAAGGAUGGGGCUGUGCUGUCUGGAAGUCAUGCAAGAUACUCCAUCUUGGAAAAUGGAUUCCUUCAUAUUCAAUCAGCACACAUCACAGACACCGGACGCUAUUUGUGUAUGGCGACCAAUGUGGCUGGAACAGAUCGUAGGAGAAUAGAUUUACAAGUCCAUGUUCCUCCAUCCAUUGCUAUGGGUCCUACCAACAUAACCGUCACAGUGAAUGUCCAAACAACUCUGGCUUGUGAGGUGACUGGGAUACCCAAACCAUUAAUCACCUGGAGAAAAAAUGGGCAUGUUCUUAAUGUGGAUCAAAACCAGAAUUCAUACAGGCUUCUUUCGUCAGGUUCACUCAUAAUUAUUUCUCCCUCUGUGGAUGACACUGCCAGCUACGAAUGCACUGUGACAAGUGAGGCUGGAGAGGACAUGAGAACCAUAGAUCUCACUGUCCAAGUUCCUCCUUCCAUAGCAGAUGAGCCUAUGGACUUCCUGGUAACCAAACAGGCCCCAGCAGUCAUGACCUGCACUGCUUCAGGAGUUCCAGUUCCCUCAAUUCACUGGACCAAAAAUGGUAUAAAACUGCUUCCCAGGGGAGAUGGCUAUCGAAUUCUGUCCUCAGGAGCAAUUGAAAUAUUUGCCACCCAGUUGAACCAUGCAGGAAGAUAUACUUGUGUUGCUAAGAACGCAGCUGGCUCAGCACACCGGCAUGUAACCCUUCGCGUCCAAGAACCUCCAAUCAUUCAGCCCCAGCCAAGUGAACUGGAUGUCAUUCUAAACAACCCCAUCUCACUACCAUGUGCAGCAACAGGAACACCCAGUCCAUUCAUUACUUGGCAAAAAGAAGGCAUCAAUGUCAUUACCCCAGGCAAAAGUCACGCUGUUCUUCCUAGUGGCGCCUUACAGAUCUCCAGAGCUGCCCGAGAGGAUGCUGGUACCUACAUGUGUGUGGCUCAGAACCCAGCUGGUACAGCCUUGGGCAAAAUCAAGCUAAAUGUACAAGUUCCUCCGGCCAUUAGCACUCAAUCAAAGGAAUACGUCAUUGCUGUAGAUAAACCUAUCUCACUACUGUGUGAGGCAGAUGGCCUUCCACCACCUGACAUUACAUGGCAUAAAGACGGGCGUGCAGUUACUGAAUCCAUCCGCCAGCGAAUCCUGAGUUCGGGCGCUCUGCAGAUAGCAUUUGCUCAGCCUAAUGAUGCUGGUCAGUACACAUGCAUGGCAGCUAACGUAGCGGGAUCCAGCAGCAUGAGCAACACACUCACGGUCCACGUACCACCCCGGAUCAGAAGUUCAGAAGAGCUCUACACAGUCAAUGAGAACUCCCAGGCCGUUCUCCCAUGUGUUGCUGAUGGAAUCCCCACACCAGCAAUUAGCUGGAAAAAAGACAAUGUUCUUUUAGCCAACUUAUUAGGAAAAUACACUACUGAACCAUAUGGAGAACUCAUUUUGGAAAAUGUUGUGCUGGAGGAUUCUGGGAUCUAUACCUGUGUUGCUAGCAAUGCUGCUGGUGAAGAUACACAUACUGUGACCCUCACAGUACAUGGUCUCCCCACUUUUAUUGAACUUCCUGGAGACCUGUCAUUAAAUAAAGGAGAACAGCUACAGUUAAGUUGUAAGGCAACUGGAAUUCCAUUGCCCAAAUUGACAUGGACCUUCAACAACAAUAUUAUUCCAGCCCACUUCGACAGUGUCAAUGGACACAGUGAACUUAUUAUUGAAAAAGUGUCAAAGGAGGACUCGGGUACUUACGUGUGCACCGCAGAGAACAGCGUUGGCUUUGUGAAAGCAAUUGGAUUUGUUUAUGUGAAAGAACCUCCCGUCUUCAAAGGUGAUUAUCCCUCCAACUGGAUUGAACCUCUUGGCGGUAAUGCAAUCCUGAAUUGUGAAGUGAGAGGAGACCCUGCCCCAACCAUCCAGUGGAGCCGCAAAGGAGCAGAUAUUGAAAUUAGCCACAGAAUCCGACAACUGGGCAAUGGCUCCCUGGCUAUCUAUGGCACUGUGAAUGAAGAUGCUGGUGACUAUACGUGUGUAGCUGCCAACGAAGCCGGGGUGGUGGAACGCAGCAUGAGUCUGACUCUACAAAGUCCUCCUGUUAUCACUCUUGAGCCAGUGGAAACUAUUGUGAAUGCUGGUGGCAGAGUCAUACUAGACUGUCAGGCAACUGGUGAACCUCGGCCAGCCAUCACCUGGUCCCGCCAAGGACACUCCAUUCCCUGGGAUGACCGAGUUAGCAUGCUGUCCAACAACUCAUUCUAUAUUGCGGCUGCUCGGAAAGAAGACACCUCUGAGUAUGAAUGUGUUGCUCGAAACUUGAUGGGCUCUGUCCUUGUCAGAGUGCCAGUCAUAGUCCAGGUUCAUGGUGGGUUUUCCCCAUGGUCUGUCUGGAGGUCCUGCAGUGUCACCUGCGGAAAAGGCAUCCAAAAGAGGAGCCGGCUGUGUAACAACCCCCUUCCAGCCAAUGGCGGGAAGCCGUGUCAAGGGUCAGAUUCAGAAACACGACACUGUCAAAAUAAGCUCUGUCCAGUGGAUGGUCACUGGUCAGAAUGGAGUCUUUGGGAAGAAUGCACAAGAAGCUGUGGGCAUGGCAACCAAACCAGGACCAGGACUUGCAGUAACCCAUCAGCUCAGCACGGUGGGCGGCCAUGUGAAGGGAAUGCUGUGGAAAUCAUCAUGUGCAACAUUAAGCCCUGCCCAGUUCACGGCAUGUGGAGUACUUGGCAGUCAUGGGGUGUGUGCAGCCGAAGUUGUGGGAAAGGUACUCAGACAAGAACAAGACUUUGCAAUGACCCACCACCGUCAUUCAGUGGGUCCUACUGCAAUGGAGCAGAAACCCAAAUGCAAGUUUGCAACGAAAGACACUGUCCAGUUGAUGGCAAGUGGGCGACUUGGGCCAGUUGGAGUGCCUGUACCGUGUCCUGUGGAGGAGGUGCCAGGCAGAGAACAAGGGACUGCUCUGACCCUGUGCCUCAGUACGGAGGAAGCAAAUGUGAAGGGAGUGAUGUCCAAAGUGAUUUUUGCAAUAGUGACCCUUGUCCAACCCACGGUAACUGGAGCCCUUGGAGUGGCUGGGGAACAUGCAGUCGGACAUGUAAUGGUGGGCAGAUGCGGCGUUAUCGCACAUGUGAUAACCCCCAUCCUGCCAAUGGAGGAAGAGCUUGCGGGGGGCCAGACACCCAGAUUCAGAGAUGCAGCACCGACAUGUGUCCUGUGGAUGGAAGCUGGGGAAAUUGGCACAGUUGGAGCCAUUGUUCUGCCUCCUGUGGGCGAGGCGAAAAGACUCGGAAGCGGCUGUGUGACAGUCCAAUGCCAUCUAGAGGUGGUCGUUCCUGCCCAGGAGAUGCCACCCAGGUAUCCAAGUGCAACAUGCAAGCAUGUCCAGGUGGGCCCCAGCGAGCCAGAGGAAGUGUUAUUGGAAAUAUUAAUGAUGUUGAAUUUGGAAUUGCUUUCCUUAAUGCCACAAUAACAGACAGCCCUAACUCUGAUACAAAAAUAAUACACGCCAAGAUUACCAAUGUGCCUCGCAGUCUUGGUCCAGCGAUGAGAAAGAUAGUUUCUAUUCUGAAUCCCAUUUACUGGACAACAGCAAAGGAAAUAGGAGAAGCAGUCAAUGGUUUUACCCUCACUAACGCAGUCUUCAAAAGAGAAACCCAAGUGGAAUUUGCAACUGGAGAAAUCUUACGGAUGACACAUGUGGCCCGGGGCUUGGACUCCGAUGGUUCCUUCCUGCUAGAUGUCAUUGUAAGUGGCCAUGUCCUGCAGCUGCAGUCACCUGCUGACGUCAAUGUGAAGGAUUACACAGAGGACUACAUUCAGACAGGCCCAGGGCAGCUCUAUGCCCAUUCAACCCGGCUCUUCACCAUCGAUGGCAUCAGUGUUCCCUACACAUGGAACCACACCAUCUUCUACGAUCAGGCAGGGGGAAGAAUGCCUUUCUUGGUAGAAACACUUCACGCAUCUUCUGUGGAAGCUGACUAUAACCAAUUAGAAGAGACAUUGGGCUUUAAAAUACAUGCUUCAAUUUCCAAAGGAGAGCGCAGUAACCAGUGCCCCUCUGGAUUUGCCUUAGACUCAGUUGGACCCUUCUGUGCUGAUGAAGACGAAUGCUCUGCAGGGAAUCCCUGCUCCCAUAUCUGCCACAAUGCCAUGGGAACCUACUACUGCUCCUGCCCCAAAGGCCUCACGAUAGCUGCAGAUGGAAGAACUUGUCAAGACAUUGAUGAGUGUGCCUUGGGUAGACAUGCCUGUCAUGCUGGCCAGGACUGUGACAACACCAUUGGAUCCUAUCGCUGUGUGGUCCAUUGUGGAACUGGCUUCCGAAGAACCUCUGAUGGGCUAAGUUGUCAAGGUAAUGUGAACGAGUGUAGACAGAAUGUGUGCAGACCAGAUCAGCACUGUCGGAACACCCGUGGUGGCUACAAGUGCAUUGAUCUUUGUCCAAAUGGAAUGACCAAGGCUGAAAAUGGAAGCUGCAUUGACAUUGAUGAAUGCAAAGAUGGCACCCAUCAGUGCAGAUAUAACCAGCUAUGUGAGAACACACGGGGCAGCUAUCGGUGUGUGUGCCCAAGGGGCUAUCGCUCUCAAGGACUUGGAAGACCUUGUAUGGACAUUAAUGAAUGUGAACAAGUGCCUAAACCUUGUGCAUAUCAAUGCUCCAACACCCCUGGCAGCUUCAAGUGUAUCUGUCCACCAGGACAACAUUUAUUAGGGGACGGGAAAUCUUGCGCUGGAUUGGAGAGACUGCCAAAUUUUGGCACUCAGUACAGUAGCUAUAACCUUGCGAGGUUGUCCCCUGUGAGAAACAACUAUCAACCUCAACAGCAUUACAGACAGUACUCACAUCUCUACAGCGCCUACUCAGAGUAUAGAAACAGCAGAGCAUCUUUCUCCAGGACUAGAAGGACUAUUAGGAAAACUUGCCCUGAAGGCUCUGAGGCAAAGCAUGACACAUGUGUAGAUAUUGAUGAAUGUCAAAACAGAGGCACCUGCCAGCACGAGUGUAAAAACACCAUUGGAAGCUACCAGUGUGUGUGCCCACCCGGUUAUCAGCUCAUGCUCAAUGGCAAAACAUGCCAAGAUGUAGAUGAGUGUCUGGAACAGAACGUACGCUGUGGGCCAAAUCGCAUGUGCUUCAACAUGAGAGGGAGCUACCAGUGCAUCGACACGCCUUGUCCACCCAAUUACCAACGGGAUCCUGUUUUGGGGUUCUGCCUCAAGAACUGUCCGCCCAAUGAUUUGGAAUGUGCCUUGAGCCCAUACGCUUUGGAAUAUAAACUUGUCUCCCUCCCAUUUGGAAUAACUGCCAAUCAAGAUUUAAUCCGGCUGGUUGCAUACACACAGGAUGGAGUGAUGCAUCCCAGGACAACUUUCCUCAUGGUAGAUGAGGAACAGGCUGUUCCUUUUGCCUUAAGGGAUGAAAACUUGAAAGGAGUGGUGUAUACUACCCGUUCACUACGAGAGCCAGAGACUUACCGCAUGAAGGUCCGAGCCUUAUCCUACAGUGCCAAUGGGACCAUUGAGUAUCAGACCACAUUCAUAGUCUACAUAGCUGUCUCUGCCUAUCCAUACUAGGAAGUGCUCCAGAGCCUAGUCCACUGCAUUAAUCAUGGCAAUCAAGGACCCCUACAGGUUACAAUCUCUUGAAGAGUUGCCAUCUUGGCAACUUAAAAAUGGUGCUGUACUCUGUUGUGUGUGUGUUCCUUGGUACUGCUGAAGUAUUUGUAUGAUCCCACUAUGGUUGUUUCUUGUAUUAGGUCUUGAAGAGGCCUUUGUUAUUUCCUUUAUUUAUUACACUGGAGCAGUUACUUCCCAAAGAUUAUUCUGGUCAUCUAACAGUACAUAUUAGUGAGUUUUUAUAGUAGCAUAGUAGCUAAGAUCAUUUCCUUGAAAACAAUGUAAAACAAAAACAACUAAUACAGAUAGAUUUUUGGACACUUGACUAUUUUUAGAAUAAUAAAAGAAGUUGCUAUGUGUAUUCAUAAAAACUUAUGGCAUAAUGAUUUUAAAGUAUUGAUAUAAUAAGACAUAUAAAUUUACUUUCAUUUUAAGGUUAAAAAAAAGAAACACCACUAUUUUAGAAAUAUAGUACAGCUACUAGAAAGGUUGUUUGAUUCCCAAAUGGUGCUUACCUUGACUAAAAAAUUAAUAAUAAAAUAAACAUUCAAAACAAAGUACUAUUUCCAGUGAUUUUGUGAAAUUGUCUAAACCUGUUACAAUGCUAGUGAAAAGUUACUUUCUUCUCAGAUCAUUGUCCAUGGCAUAGAACUUUGAUAUUUUAAUAUAAUCACUCAUUCACUCAGCUCUGUAACUAUUACAUUCCUGUUUUAAAUUUUUUUCUGCCAAGUAAAACAACUUUAAGGUAUACCAAUAGGACAGAGUUCUUGAUUUUUAAUCUUAUACGGUCAAAUUAACAUGUUAAACGUCUAUACACUGUACAUGGUAGUAACCGACUCUGUAAGCAAUUGUCAAGAUGUAUUCUAUUUUUAUGAAUUGUAUAUAUAUUACCUUAGCAUGUAUUUUCUAUAUAAUAUCUUGAUGGACUCUUUUAUAAAAUUAUUUUAUAAAAAAUGUUACAGUAAAAUUAGUCUAAAUAAAAAUUUCUCAUCCUUCUUAAG